AUGGACAGCUUUUGGGUAAGGGUCCGUCUGCUGGAUUUCGUUACAACAAGUGCCCAUGAGCCAGCGCCCUAUGGGCAGACAGAUGCUCCCUACUGGACGUGCGCUGGCCCCCUGAUGCCUCGAAAUUCUUGCCAGUACGCAGGACCAUCAAGGCAAGGACAUUUUCCUCGCCGUCGAAAACUGAGAGCCCCUCGAGUGGGAGGGCCCCUAGCCUCACGCUUCCCCUUGACAAAUGGAUCGGGGCGAAGCCAAGCAGAGGGAUCGGAUGGAGAGACGCCGGGUGUCACCGAACCGUCAGAGAGCGCCGCUCUCAGAGGCGUCGAUUCCCCCGAGCACGAGGCCCCCCUACCCUCUGUGGAAGACGUGUGCGGGGGAUCCGAGGAUCUAAGCGCCUGCGACUUCGUUAGAGAUGGGAUCUGCGUCAUAUCCGCGGGAUAUAUGAGGCUGUGGCACCGCCGUCGACGAUGGCGGGAGUCGGCGCCUCGCCGGGGGCCCCCAGAGCCACGCUGGGUCGAGGGUUUAAGGAUUCGCAGCCAGGGAGACAUUGAGGUGCGAGGCGCUGUUAUUAAGUGCACGCAGUCAGCUCUUAGGGGAGAGGCCAUUCCAGGAAAGCGGCGUCGACUCCGCGUCAGGGGGCCUUCAGGCUUUGCAUGGGCCCCUAAUUUUGCGAGGGGUGCCACGACAGUCCGAGGAGCCUCAGCCGCAAGACCCCCCCCCGAUCAACGCAUAGAACUAUGCACGGUGGGCAGCAUCCGACUCCUGGGAGGUGCACGGCUUCACUGCACCGAGACGUUGCUGUUUACGGGUGACUCCGUGACUGUGGCAGAGACGGCAGAUAUUACCGCCUCAGGCACCGUCCAGUUGAGGGGCCCUUCCCCUUACACCUCCCCAGAUCCCGAUGCAACCCUCGAGCUAGAACCUCUCUCUACGAACGCCCCCCUCGAGAAUAUCGCCAGACGGCUAAAGGCACUCCUGGCCGUCGGGCGGAUGCCUGGGGAGAAGGGCCCCUUGCCACAGGGGAAUUCUUCCUUGCCUGCGACUGCCCCCAUCUCCGGUCCAGCUUCACUCAGCGACGCUGCUCCACAAGAAGGAAAAAAGGGGGAGACCACCCAAAGGGUGCCUCAGCUGGAACCAACUUCAGAGGCUGAGCUGCGAGGUGGAAGCCAUGGGGGCCUGGGAGGUGUUGCUACCGACCGUUGCGAAGCUACCGCCUUCAGCCACCCCUUGAAGGCUCCUCUUGAGGUGCGAGGCAACAUGCUGCUGCCCCUCAGCAAGGGCGAGGCUGGCGUUCUGCACAGCAGCCGUGUGAGCAGCUCGAAACGCCCUCUACAGGAUGCUUCUAGCGGGCAGCCCUCGCAGCACGACUCUGCCCUCCAACCCCCUAGAGGAGGAGGCCUCGUUGUCAUUGUAGCGGCGCGGCAUCUUGCUGUGGAGGGUCAGGUCAGUUCCUCGGGAGAGCCAGGGUGGGGAUGUGGGGAGGAGCACUGGGAGCUCUCAGAGUCUGCGCAUCAGAGCCACAGCGCGGUAGGCAUCGCUGAGUCGAGGCCGGCGAGACGGAGCGCCGUUAGAGCGUUGAAAUCUCUCAUGCUCAGGCUGGUUAGCUUCUCCUCUGGACGCGUGACAGCGGCGGGAGCUCACACGUCGAGGCGACCUGUAGCGACCUGCGCGGCUGGGGGGAGUGGGGGGUCGAUAGUGCUAGUAGCGGAAUCCUUGAGUUUCGCUAGCCACAUGCGCAGUGGGAGGGUCACAGCCGCAGGAGGUGGCUGCUUAGGAGGGCGUCCGGGUAGAGGAGGCAAGCGCUCUGGCUCCGCCUCGGAGCACUCAAGCGCUUCCCCUCAGGAGUCUUCAGGAGCCGGCAGUUGGGAAUGUGCAGCGGGGGGUGGGGGCCGCAUUGCGAUAUAUGCAGAGCAGCCGCACCCUCUGGACCCCGUGGUUUUGGCGCCUGGGGGUUGUGGCCUACGCAGCAACCGAUUGGACCUCAUGCCUUGUCUCUGCGGGGGAGGAGGAACCAUCUUUUCGAGGGCUCAUCGCCGGUUAGUUGUUGCGAACAAGCUAACGGCCAUCGCCGCAGCUGCUGCCUCCCAGCCGAACGCGUGGGAAUCCAACGGCACGCCAGCGGCGCCUCGUCCCUUGCGCAGCACGCACGAGACUGCCAAUCAAGGGGGCCGUAACAGCCCAGUACUCGAAGGAGGCGAAGUCGCGGGCACACUGCUCGGGAUCGCCUCUGUGGAUGGAGCGCCGAUGGGGGCUCCCUCUGGAUUAGAAGCUCUUGCUGUCCUGAGUGUGCAGCCAACCCCAUUGCCGGUGCCUCUUUACGCCCCUUCCAUUACGCUUGCUGUGGAAGCAGCCGUGGUCACUUUUGGGAGUGUCUCAGCAGCCGUCGAGGCGCGAGGCUGGCAUGAAGUGCCAAAAGGACCUGAAGCCUCUCGGCAGGAGACCUCUGAGAAAGGAGGGCCCCGGAAGGAGCCCAAGGUCGUUUUAGGGAGUCUGCUGCUGCAUGGUGGCACUCGAGGCUCUGCGCUACACGUCCUGGCGCCUCUCCAUCUACACGCUGCAGAGGGAAGCAUCCGCCUCCGUCAACGGAGUGCCCUAGUGCUGGCUCCCUGCGGCAGCAAUGAGGCACAGCCGGCGAGCUCUCCUCUAGAGGGCCCCUGCAGCUCCGAGAGUCUCCCCCUUGCGGGGCGUCUCCUCGGGGUUGCCGUCGUUGUGUCAAGUGUAGCCUCUGUAUCCGUCGGGGAGGGGGCAGCCAUCCGGAUCAUUCCAGGACCUAGAGACUUUCUCUGCGGGGGGGAGACUGUUCCCGCAAUCGCUGUUUCGCAGCAGCGAUCCCUCGAAGCGACGAAAGCGUCAGGCAUUGGUCUGCUCGCAGGAGAGCGGCUAAUGCUGCAUGGAAACCUUGUAGUGGCGGCCACACCGAGUGACUGCCUCCCUGUGCCCGUGAAGCAAACCACGGCGCUUCUCUUUGGAGGUCGUGAGGUGUCGGUGCGUGGGGAGCAGCAACUCGACAGGCUUGUUUUGCUUAGCCAGGGAACGGUCACCUUGGGGGGGAGCUGCACGGUGGGAGCCCCCAAUCGCUGCACUGCGCGGCGCACACCGCUUUUCCGCAAGCCCUCUAACGGCACGGCCGUGAAUCACAGUACCGUCUGCACUGCUGUGGAGGAGUACACUGCUGCCCAAGUGGCUCCUCAGCUGCAGGCAGCUGCUGCGGCAGAUGGCGUGACUUCUCCGCCCUCCUUGUUGCACGGAUACCAGGGCUGGCGGCUGCAGGGUGCCGACUCUUAUCGGGACGCUGAACGAAGCAGUUCUGGUGCAAACUCGGCGGAAGCAGACGUCGCAGAUCCCUUGGGAGUCGGCGUCAGCGACAGCUGCAGUGGACGCCCGCUUGCCGAUUCGCGCAUGGCGUUUGGUUGCUUGGGCAACACGCUGCCUGGCUUUGCACCACACGAGGCGUCCUGGAGCGACAGGCUCCUAAGAGCCGUUCGCCAGAUUUCUCCAGAAGGCGGGCACCAAGGGAAGGCGCGAGAGUCACGCCGCCACGCUAAAGAGGAAGGCCUUUCGCAGGAGAGGGCGAAUUCUCCGCCUAGAGGGGAGCAGCCGCACGGAGACGCUGCUGCCUCAGGGAUUGCUUCCCUGGAAGACGGAGCCCCUGUGGGGUUUCCGGGAAAAGUGAUGGUUGUAGAGGCUUUGAGCCCUCCCGUUCGCGAAGUUGCCAAACAGAGAAAGAAGCGUGGCUUCUGGAGAGGACUGGCUGCAUUGCUUGAGCCCGAGGCCGCCUUCUCACCUCCCAAAGCUCCCUCCGCAGAGGGCAUUCACCGUUCGUCGCUUCGCUCUCCAGCGUCUGAGAGUGAAGCAGCGACAGAGGGCGCAGAGGCAUCAGCCUCGGCCGGGCGUGAUUCCCCACUGAAGACGCCUCAACGGAGUCUUGAGGGAAUGCAGUCUGAUGAGGGGGCAUCUGAAUCCUCUGAAACAUCGGCGUUUUCUUCCUUGCGAUGGCCCUCACAAACGCCGUUCGCCUCCUUGGAGCAGGAGCCCUUCCCACUGACUUCGCGGGUGUCGCCUGCUGCCGCUGCUCUUGGAGGCGAAGAUGCCCCUCGCCUGAACGAUGGGGUCGCAGCGUCGGCAACUUUGGCAGAUGUUGAACUUCUUCAGGCAGGUUCAGUUCCUUGGGGUCACCUGGACGCAACUAUUUUUGCAAGGGACGGUGUCGUGCUGGAGGCGGGGGCAUCCCUUGUCGGGGGAGCUCUUUUAGUAUGUGGAGGUCAUGGCAAUACACAGCUUCAGGGAACGAUCGACGCAAGCCGCCGCGGCUGUCAACCGGUUCACGGGCCUGGUGCUGGAAGCCGAGGCGUUGCUCUAGAUUCGCCUUCAACAAGCAGCGAAGCUGCCAAUUCCCAGAAUAUAGCCGUGGAGUCUGCGCUGUUGUGUGGGGGAGGAGGUGGGGCGCACGUGGGGUCUGGAGGAGACGGCGUCCACGCGGUAACUGGAUUUCCUUGUAGGGGUAGUGGGGGCGUCGGCUAUGACCGAGAGCUCGUGUCGAAGUUGCAAAGGAUCCUCCCUUCUUCUAAAGCUGCCGCAGCACAGGAGGCCUCUGUUGGGGGGGAGCGUCUUAGGGCUUUUGCGUCGACAGCGAGCGCCUCAGGGGGUGGAGGGGACGUCGCAAGAGCUGGGAGUGGAGGAGGAGUUGUAUGGGUUCAGGGGCAGGUCGUUACAGUAGAGGGCCAGAUUUUGGCUGAUGGUGGAGGGGGCGAGCUGAUGCAAGAUGCCAUCAUAGACGUUGAAGUGGACCCCGAGAAAUGCACACCCCUUGCUCCCCCGGUUGGUGAGGCGCAAAGGGGGUCCUCAGAAAGCGCAGGCGACUCCGGCCUCUCAGCCUUAGCUGCGGCUGCUGCCGUUUCAACGGGUGCUGCCGCGUGGAACGGCGUGGGCACCAAGGUGGGGGAGGGGUCUUUCUCGAGCGGGGCGCUAUCCCAAUCAAACGUCCAUGACGGAGUACUGUUGUCGUCUACGAGACCAGCGCAAAAAAGGUCACGCUCCGAGGAGGAUGAUAAGGCUACCCUCGGGAGCCCCUUCACAAGGGACAGCGUUUCGUGCCAGCUCUCCGGUAUUUUGUCUGACCCUGCACAACUUGGGCAGGGUGGCGGGGCAGGAGGCUCCGUAGUCAUUGAGACGGCAAUUCUCCUGGGGGGGGGCACAGUGUCUGCGCAGGGCGGCUCAGGAGGCCGCUGCACCGGGGGUGGAGGCGGGGGAGGAGCCAUCGACUUUCUAUGGGACAUAGCUUUCUUCACCUGGCCAGAACGCCUGCCUCCAGAACCGGAUCUGCGGCUGCCAAAGAGCCACGGCUUCGACGUUAGCAGCCAGCUCGCUGCGGAAGCGGAAGCGAAAGCGGGUGCCUUGCAGGGGCACCAGGGUGGGAGCGCCUUCAUCCCGUGGAUUCGCCCUUUGAACUUUGCGGCUGGUUUCAGCGGAUCGCUGCUCGUCAAUGGGGGGCGUAGCGACCCCUCGACGGCUUGCGGGCCCCUGCAGCUGCCUCUAGGCUACUCUGGCUCUCCUGGAGAGGUGCGAAGCGCGUUGGGAUGCCCCCCUGGUCACGCCGGCUGGCGGUGCAGCCCUUGCCCAGUAGGAUAUUUCUCUCUUGGAGGAGGAGAUGCUUGCCUCAGCUGCACAAACAAGCCGUCGGACGCGGCAUUCUACACGCGAGAGGGCGUGCGCGACCCCCAGUGCCCGUUUGCGUGUGCGGAGGGCUAUCCAGACGCCGCUGUCAACCCCCGCUGCCUGCCUCUUUUCCGCUUCGUAUUGGACGCUCUGCUUUCCUUCGCCGUCCUGCUUCCCAUGGGCGCUGUGUGUGUGAUUCUCUUGGGCCUUGCAGCCCUCAUAAGGGAGAUGGCGCGGCGACGCAGCCAACAGGGCUGGGGUUAUGGAGCUCUCUUCGGAUCCCCCAGAUCCUCGAUCCCUGUUUAUGUUGGGGCACUGGAAAGCGGCGUCACAGCCGCUGGGUUUGGAGGGGUGCAGCCGUCUCCUUCGAGUUCCUUGGGGUUUCUUGGUGGGUCUACCGAAGAGAGACGGAUGCACUUGGCGGUACAUCACCUUACCCUGGAGGACCUGCCCUUCCACGUUCUGCGCAUCUAUCUACAUGGCCGCAAUUCCCCUGACUCUCCUUGGGGCUUGGAUGGGCAGCCUCCCUCGUUUCUGGAGCCUCUCAUAAUCCCCCACCGAUUUGCUGGGUUCGCUGCAGCAGCGAACUCCCUUUGCGGUUUCAGCCGUUCGUUUGUGUGUCUGUACGGCGCCCUGUCUUUCCUUUAUCCCCCUCUGGCGGCGCUGCUUCUCCGGAGAGCAAGAAGCCGCAGAGCAGACAAACUGAUUGCACUCUGCAGCACUCUCUCUGGAGGGCCUUCAGGAGCGAGUGACGGUGGAUCGCCAGGUGCCUUGCCUUGGGGGCGGCGUGGCCCUCCGUGGCGAUGGUUUCUGGAUCUGCUGCGUUUCGCGAGAGGUAGCAGCCAACGUCGAGGCAUUGGGGUGUCUGCUACGGCGUCGUUCUGGCGCAGCAUCCGCGCGCGAGAGCUGUCCUUCGCCCUGAAGUUCGGCUGCGACCCAGACUGCACACUGGGGUUCGUGGAUGUGCUGGACCUCGAUCGAAACAUUUUGGAUUACCGUUGCUCUCCGCAACUCCCUCUGGUUCUGCUGACUCAGGGGGACGGUCGGACUGUGCCCUUCACACUUGCCAGGGGAAUUCGAGAACCAGGGGCACCCAGAUCGGCUCGAGGGCUCCGCCAAGCAGAUGAAAAAGGCACCCCGGCGGAUCCCUUACAAGGUGCUCUUGAGGAGCUGGCUUCGCCCUGGGUGUGGGCCUGCAUUGUCGACUUUUUUAGCGAGAAAGUAAAAGAACUUACGACGGAAGAACUGGGUGCCCUCAGAGCCCUUAGAAACCUUGAAACUGAUGACGGCCGGAGGGGUGCCAAGGGCGGCGCUGAUUACCAAGUGGGGGGUUCCCAGGAGGUCGGCAAGUGUAUGGGCACUUCUCUGCCUUCGAAUCCGCCAGAGACGCGCACAGCAGUCCCCAAUGUCUCGAGCCCCUUUUCGAGGUGUGGGAGGUGUGGGAAGUUACAGUUGCCUUCGGCUUGUGCAUCCUCGGGAGGCGGUGGGCCUCUCGGCAUGCUUAUGGGGGGCCCUCUCUACGCCCUUCGCACUGUUGCGCGACUCUGUGAAGGCAUUCGGCUGAUGAGCAACAGACUCCUCAAGCCCCAUGGCAUUAGCGCUGCCGUCGUCUUCCUGGAGAGUCGUGGGUUUGUUAGCAGAACAGACGGGGUCCGAAGAGCAACGGGCAUUCCGCAGGAAAUCGCCGCCUUUCAUUCCAGAGUGCCGAAGCGGAGCUCUAGGAGGCCUCCACUGCCCAACGAUGAGCGUCAAAGAUGCAGAGGCUUGCCAGCGCUUUCUUCUGGAAAGAGAGGGGCCGUCUCUGGCGACGCCGUACCGCCUGCACCGUGGGGGCCGCUAGGUGGCCGUCGGUUGUUGCUUCGAGCAGCUUCAUCCCCGUCUGCUCUCCUUGACAGUCUGAGGCGUAACGGCGGCACCCAAGAAGACAAGGAUGCGGCCUUUGAGGCCACGUUUAGCGGAGGCUCUCUAGGAGCCGACUCUCUUACAGGGCGAAGGGACAGUCGCCACGAUGUGGAGCGAGGGGGUUCUACUGCUUCCUUUGAAGCCUUGGGGUCGGGACCGCAGCAGGGACGGCCAAGCUACUGCGAUCAGCGUUGGGGAGAGGGUGUUGUUACUGUGGAGAGAGAGGCGGCGCUUGCCCUCGUUAUUACGGAGGAAGCUUCGGAGUCUGGCGCGGAGGUACAGCAGGGAGCUCCGAGCGCGCGGGAAAGGGGCGUCACAUGGGAUGCAAGUACCCAGGCAGUUGCAGUCCCUUGCUUUCCCCCCGCUUCUUCUACAGCAGUAACCUCCCCCCUGGACCCCCGCCGACUGUCACCAGGCAAUCCUCCUCUAGCCCCCUACACCGCUGCAGCGGCCACGGCGCUCCAAAAGUCUAUCCCCUACUGGGGAGCAGGGCUAGCGCUUCCAGUUCCGCAGACUUCUGGCGGCUCUGGUGGUCCGCCUACCUUGCGGCAGGCAUUCGACAGAUCGGUGCUUCCCUCGCCGAAGCAGCAGGUGCCAGGCAGCAAAAGAGGCCUCCGAAGAGUUGUGAGCCCGUUCAGUGAGCUCUCCUCCCCCCAGUCGCAUGCAACCAGUCCAGUUUCUCCCCGAGAGCGUGCGGAGGAUGGCACGAGGGUGACCCACCAUAAGGAGGCUGGGGGGCCUGCAAAGUGUCUAGUCAUGUGUCUUGCUGACGCUGCGAGGCGAUCAGCUGGGGCAGAUGCCCAACACCUCAGGGAUGCGGUGGAGGCGCUUCAGAAGAGCGCUCGUGCCAAGCUUGGGACUGUGCCUCAGAGCAGCGCUACAGCGGUACACCCUGAGAGCUCGGCGGAAGUCUCGCGAAUCACAACAAUGAGCGCGGCAGAGCCCGAAGCAGAGGGUGCGCGGCCCGCAGUAGAGCCGCACGAGACUCUUGCGCCGCAAAGAAGUAUUCUGCGCCCUCUACCACUACUACAGCUUGCAUGGAGGCGGCUCCGCUUUCGCAGCUCUCCCACAGAGAUGGCGAGGCAAGUCGAAAGCUCUCCUCUUUAUACCCAUGCGCAUGCCACCCCUAGAUAG